AGUGUUUUUACAGGUGCCGGCUGAGGUGGUUGCGUCUUCAACAAUUACUGUCUUGCAACAGUCUUAUCUCACACAGUGAUUCUGUACACUAUGUCUUGCUAAGAUGUUGUAGCGCGAGUAGUUCUGUAAGGUUUAGAACUCUCAUUGCUAAGUUUGACCAUGUUUGUUGGUUAUGCAAUAUGUACGCAUGCUAAGAAUUUAUGCUUUCAUGGAACAUGCGCAAACGUUUUACAGGUGCCAAUGUAGCCAUUUAUCUGGGCAGUAAGUAUAUUUUUGUUCAACAAACACUAACUUUGGAAUAAAGCUUCUCUUGGAAGUCUAGCAUUUACAGUUACCAUCCAACACCAGCUUCAGAUUAUCAAUCCUUGAAAUGAAAUCAGGUGCUGCUGAUGGAAUUUUACAAAUCGAUGAAAUAGUUAGAGAGCAGUGAGAAGUCAGGAAUCAAACUUGCAUUGUUCUGAUUAGAAUAUCAAUGUCUUACUGUAUUUACAUUUAUUUGUAUGUUUUCUAAUGUUAUAUGGUGUUUGUUAUAUUUUUACUGGCAUAAACAUUUACUGCCCACACAAACAGAUUUAAAUCGUCUUCUUGCCUACUUAAGACUUUUGCACAGUACCUAUAUUUUUUAUGAUUUACUAAAUUUGACAAAGUUUGUCUUUGUACUGUGAUUUUAGUAAAAUAUCUAAUAGUUUGUGCUCUUUUUGUCAUGCACUUGAUGUUAAGCAAAAAAAUGGGGUGCAUUUCAUUUGACUUUAAAACAACAAAUAUAUUUUGCAUUUUCACAAUGUCAUAAAAAAAUUAGUGCUCCAUUACCACUCUAAAGAUUUCUGUUAUAAUUUUCAUAAUAAGCACAAACUUAUGCAACGAAUGGAACGUGGGGCUGGAAUGUUCUUUGUAUGCUUCAAAUUGAGCCCAUCUUUUUUCAAAACUAUCUUUAGUGUUAAUAUCAUCUAAACAAUUAGAAAAGAGCAGUUUAAGGUGAUACUUCCUUUAUUAUCUGAUGAGGUUUUGGGGAAAUUCUCACCUUAAUAGCAGCGAUAGUGACAGAAACAUGAAAAACCCAAACAAUUAACAUGUGGUCAAAGAAGAACUGCUUAAGUUCCUGUGUUUCUUUUUUUGUUCGGUCUUCCCCAUUCACUUUCCCGCUGUUUAGCAAGGUCAGCUGCAGGCAAACAAUGACAUACUGCUGGUCACUGGCACCUAUCAAACUGUUUCGCGUUUCACCUGAAAAAAAUCAAACAGAUGUUAAAAGCAUUGUCAUGUAGGACGAGAGAGAAAAGAGAAGUGCUUGCAGGACCGAAGUGAAAGACAAGUCCGGUAAAGCGACAUGGAGAAGCGAAAAAUGAGAGGGAGAGAGGUUUGUCUAUGCAAGUGAUGGACAAAUCCACAAAUGCUGAAAGAAAGAACCCACAAGACAAAAAUUUGAGGACUUGUUCUGACCCAUAACCACAACCUUUCCUCCCUGAGAGGUUCUUAAAUCAGCAAUCCCAAGCACGCUUUCAAAAUGGACCCCAACGACUACAAACCCAAGAGGACAGAUGAUUCCAGAACUGUUGACCUCUCCCAUCUUCCCUACCCAAUUGUCCAACCCAUCCCAUCCCGCCCUCACCCGCACAAGUACAUCCCAGAGAUGAUCGAUCUAAACAGGCUUCAGUUCCAUCGAGUCCUGGGCAGAUAUGAUACUGUGCAUGUCAAGCAGGAGACGAUCAAGCCCAUGCCAGUAUGGCCACCCUCCCCACUUUUACUGCACCCUCCUCCUCCUCCCCCUCCAUACUUCCCACCUCUCCAUCCAAGCUUGGUACCUUUCCCUUUCGCCAUGCCCGGCCCAGUCAUGCAUCUUUCUCCCAAUCACUUCUUCCAGAGCGAGGCACUGAGAUACCGCCGAAGGAGCCAAGAGGGCUCCAAAGCUUCUUCUGCUGAGAAGUUGGGCCUGAACGUCCACGUGGACGACAGCUACUAUGUGGACGUGGGGGGUGACCAGAAGCGCUGGAAGUGCCGGAUGUGUGAGAAGUCCUAUACCUCAAAGUACAACCUGGUGACACACAUCCUGGGCCACAGUGGCAUCAAGCCGCAUGGCUGUGGCCUCUGUGGCAAGCUCUUCAAGCAGCUGAGCCACCUGCACACACACAUGCUGACCCACCAGGGCGCCCGGCCCCACAAAUGCCAGGUAUGCCACAAGGCCUUCACCCAGACUAGCCAUCUAAAGAGGCACAUGAUGCAGCACAGUGACGUCAAGCCCUACAGCUGUGGAGUCUGUGGCCGGGGCUUUGCCUACCCCAGCGAGCUGCGGGCCCAUGAGCUCAAGCACGAGAGGGGCCAGGAGAACGUCUGUGUGGAGUGCGGUCUGGACUUCCCUACGCUGGCCCAGCUGAAACGGCACCUGACAGCACACCGGGGCCCGGUCCAGUAUGACUGUAGUGAGUGUGGGAAGACCUUCCAGUACCCCAGCCAGCUGCAGAACCACAUGAUGAAGCACAAGGACAUCCGGCCCUACAUCUGCAGUGAGUGUGGCAUGGAGUUUGUCCAGUCGCACCAUCUCAAGCAGCACACGCUGACCCACAAGGGAGUAAAGGAGCACAAGUGUCGCAUCUGUGGACGCGAGUUCACCCUUCUGGCCAACAUGAAACGCCAUGUUCUGAUCCACACCAACAUCCGAGCCUACCAGUGCCACCUGUGCUACAAGAGCUUUGUCCAGAAGCAGACGCUCAAGGCUCACAUGAUCGUCCACUCUGACAUCAAGCCAUACAAAUGCAAGCUGUGUGGGAAGGAGUUCAACAGAAUGCAUAAUCUGAUGGGCCACAUGCACUUGCACUCUGACAGCAAGCCAUUCAAGUGCCUGUACUGCCCGAGCAAGUUCACUCUGAAAGGGAAUCUGACUCGACACAUGAAGGUCAAACACGGCAUCAUGGACCGAGGCCUAGACGCCCGAGUAUUCAGGCGGCGGGGGCGCUUGUGCCUGUCAGCACCCUUGCGACUCCUGUCCCGCUUCAGCCAGGACGAGCCCUUCGACCUGUCCCAGAAGACCCGGCCUCAGCCGCGCCUCUCUCAGUCAGACGGCGAGAGCGUGAGGGGGGGCAGUUCCAGCCGGGAGGAGGACGAGGACAGUCUGUACAGGAUGAGCCAGUACAGCCCUGACCGUUACCAGCCUGAACUGGGGGGAGCCCUGGAGGCCAGAGAGGCGGACGACGAAGAUGAGGAGGAAGAGGACGUCACAGUCCAUGUCGAUGAAGAGGAUAACAGUAGCGAGAAGCAGUUCUACGUGAGCAAGGAGGAGUUCCAGUGCAUACGUUACAGCGAGAGUCAGCAAGGCUCACUUUCAGAUGGAGAGAUUUACACUGCCAGAUCGUACCGGCACAGAGAAUUAAGCUGUGAAUGAUUCUGCUUAACUUCUUGUAAACUGUCUCAUGGGAAAAAAUAUAAAUAUAUAAAUAAACUGCAAAAAUUCUGUGAAAUAGGUUUUGGUUUUCAGCGGUAUUGUAGCAUAAACAAAUGUGCUAAUAAAACUGUAUAUUUUUUAAAGAAAUUAAUAUAAAUUUCUUCAAUUGUUUACUCAAUACAUUAUCUCUAACAAUGUGCAUGCAUGACAUUUUGAGAGGAGGUGAUUUAGUUUUGAUAGAGAACGUGAUUGCUGAAAUGACUCACAGAUCAAUGUUUUUAUUUCUUGUACUGACAGUGUGAUAACAGUUUAAUAUUUGUCUUUUUCUUGAUUUUUUUCAAUGCUUGAGAAAUAACAUGUAAAUAAAUGCCAUAACAAAUUGUCUUGUGAUUUUAUUUUUUCUGUGAAAUCCUGAU